CUUCUUUUUCCAUCCUUUUAUAUUUCCACUCUCCUAAUUCCCAAAUCCAAACAAACCAAAAUGCAAAGCCACGUCUUCACAUUCCUCCCCUUAUUCCUUUCCCUUUACCUCUUCGGCUACUUCAUCGUCUUCCGCAAAUGGAGCCCCGAGACCCGACCCGAAGCCUCCAGCUGCCUCAUCUCCCUCCUCCACGGCACCCCCGCCGUCCUCCUGGCCGCCGCCGCCAUCCUCUCCGCCCCCAGCGCCUCCCUGGCCGCGCCCAACACCGCCUUCCAGUCCCUCGUCCUGGACUUCAGCGCCGCCUACUUCGCCGCCGACCUCCUCCACCUGGCCGCCUUCUUCGAGCUCACCUUCGUCCUCCACCACCUGGCCACGCUCUUCGUCAUCCUCACGUGCCGCCACGUGGCGGCCCACGGCGCCGUGGGCGUCCUCGCGCUCCUCGCCCUGGCCGAGGCCACCAGCGCCAUGCAGAACGCCUGGGCCCUGGCCCGCGCUGGCCGGGCCCAGGCGCUCUCCCGCGCUGUGACGGUGCCGUUUUACUGCUUGUACACGGUGGUUCGCGGUGUCCUUGGGCCUUGCGUUGUUUUAAGAAUGGUGCGGUUUUAUUCAAUGGGAGGUGCCCAUGGCGUUAUUGCCACGUGGGUUUGGGUUUCAUGGGUCCUUGUUGUGUCCUUCGCCAUUGCGGGUAGUCUUAUGUGGGUUUCCAAUCUCUGGAUUCAAGUCUUUAGAGAAAGGCGUGACAGAGUUCAGGAGAAAAUUCGAUAGGUGCAUGGUAGUUUUUUU